CACAAGACAAAAAGAAGAAAGAGAGAUCGGUCAGAUCAGAUCAGAUCAGAUCAGAGCAAGGGAGAAGGAUGGCAGCAAUGGCGGCGCCCGCUACUGCGGCAUCUGAGCUCGUCGCCAAGGGGAGGAAAUCGGCUGCCUUUCUGCGGUCCUUGCUCGGCCAGCAGCCGGCGGUCGGCGCAGGCGCAGCACCCCACGGCCUUCAGGAUCUGGCCGAGCAGAUCCUCCGCUGCUGCGACCGAGCUCUCGCGGCGCUGCGCGCUGCCACGGAGGACGCUGCGGCUGCCAGCAGCGCCAGGAAGCGCCGCAAUCCGGAGCAGGGCGCGGUUUCUACCCCGGCGACGAGUUCCAAUUCCAAGAGGAUGAGGCUGAGCGGUGGCGAGAGGGCAACACGAGCUGAGAAGAGGCGGACAAUGGAGGACGGCUUCGUCUGGAGGAAGUACGGGCAAAAGGACAUCCACGGCAGCAAGCACCCGAGGCUCUACUUCCGCUGCACCUACAAGGACGACCACGGCUGCAUGGCCAGGCGGCAGGUGCAGCGGUCGGAGGCGGACCCUUCCGUCUACCUCAUAAACUACUUUGGCGAGCACACCUGCUGCCGCGGCGACGACGUCGCGGAGUCGCCGGCGCCGUUCGUCAUCAACUUCGGCGCGAGCACCAGGGACGGACAACAACUUAUACGCGGUUCGCCCUGGUCGUCGUCCUGUGACGAAGGCGGCGGCCUGGUGGUCAGCGAGACAUCAGAUUUGUGCCACUCGCCGGAGGAGAAAGAGCUGCGAGCGGGCAUGGGCGACGCGGCUGAAUUAAUAAGCGAGCAGUCAACGCCGCCGCCGGUGCCGGAGCUGACGAGUAUGAGCUCGCCGGAGUGGCAUCCUUUGGACGGUUACUUGGUCUGCGACGACAUCGGCCUCGGCGAGAGCUUGUUUGACGACAUUGGCGAAUUCGCCCCUCUCGAUUACGUUGGAUUGUUUCAAUAGGAGUGGUGUCAGAGAUCGGUAGAGGUCUAGCUUAAUUUGAUGUGUGCAGUCUGAGCUACUAGUAUAUGUACCGGAGGAGAAAGUGCAGGCGUAAGUUUCUUUGAGAUCCCUUAGCUAGGUUCGUUCGAGUGGCCCAUGAUGUACUUUCGUAGCCAAGUACUCACACAGCCCUGAAUUCAACUUUUGUAGCCACUCGAACUGCCAUGUUAACUUUUGUAAAAAAAGUUCGCGUGGC